CCUUCACCCAGUAUCUGUACUUGGCCCUCAGACACUAUGAGGAGACUGGCUUUUCGAGGUGCUGGUUGUACUCUGAAGAAGUUGGAUUCCAUGGGUUCCAAGAGGCGAAGAGCUACCUCGCCUUCCAGCAGCAUCAGCGGAGGAGACUUUGAUGAUGGCCAUCACUCCACGAAUGUACCAGGCCCAAGCAGAAAGAGGAGGAGACUUUCCAAUCUCCCAACUGUAGAUCCUAUUGCUGUAUGCCAUGAACUUUACAACACCAUCAGAGAUUACAAAGAUGAACAGGGCAGGCUCCUUUGUGAGCUUUUCAUUAGGGCACCGAAGCGAAGAAAUCAGCCAGAUUAUUAUGAAGUGGUUUCUCAGCCAAUCGAUUUAAUGAAAAUCCAACAAAAGCUAAAGAUGGAGGAAUAUGAUGAUGUGAAUGUGCUGACUGCUGAUUUUCAGCUUCUCUUUAACAAUGCGAAGGCAUAUUAUAAGCCUGAUUCUCCUGAAUAUAAAGCUGCCUGCAAAUUAUGGGAGUUGUAUUUGCGCACAAAAAAUGAAUUUGUUCAAAAAGGUGAUGCUGAGGAGGAAGAUGAAGAUGAGGAAGGACAUGACAAUCAAGGCGCAAAUUCUGAAUUAUCAUCUCCAGGUUACCUGAAGGAAAUUCUUGAACAGCUUCUUGAAGCUGUAGCUGUUGCCACAAACCCAUCAGGACGCCUAAUAAGUGAACUGUUUCAGAAACUUCCUUCUAAAGUGCAAUAUCCAGAUUAUUAUGCAAUAAUAAAGGAGCCCAUAGAUCUUAAAACUAUUGCCCAAAGGAUACAGAAUGGAACUUAUAAAAGCAUUCAUGCAAUGGCCAAGGAUAUAGAUCUUCUGGCAAAGAAUGCCAAAACCUACAAUGAGCCUGGAUCACAAGUAUUCAAGGAUGCAAAUGCGAUUAAAAAAAUAUUUAAUAUGAAAAAGGCUGAAAUUGAACACAGUGAAUUGGCCAAGUCAAGUCUCCGAAUCAGGACUCCAUCAAAUUUGACUGCUUCCAAGCUGACAGGUCCUUCCUCACAGGGUAAAGGCAGUGUUGGUGAUGAGAGAAAUUCUUCUAACAAAUAUUAUCGUAACAAAAGAUCAGCCCAAGGGGAUCGUUUAUCAGCAAUAACCAUGGCAUUGCAAUAUGGAUCAGAAAGUGAUGAGGAUGCAGCUUUGGCUGCUGCUGCUCGUUAUGAAGAAGGAGAAUCUGAAGCAGAGAGCAUUACUUCCUUCAUGGACACUUCUAAUCCUCUUUAUCAGCUUUAUGACACAGUUAGAAGUUGCCGAAAUAAUCAGGGCCAGCUCAUAUCUGAACCCUUUUUCCACUUGCCCUCCAAGAAAAAGUAUCCUGAUUAUUAUCAGCAAAUUAAAGCACCUAUUUCAUUGCAGCAGAUCAGAACCAAACUGAAGAACCAUGAAUAUGAAACUUUAGAUCAGUUGGAGGCUGAUCUGAACUUGAUGUUUGAAAAUGCUAAGCGCUACAACGUUCCCAAUUCUGCCAUCUAUAAAAGAGUACUGAAAAUGCAGCAGGUUAUGCAGGCAAAGAAGAAGGAGCUUGCUAGGAGAGACGAUAUUGAGGAUGGGGACAGUAUGAUUUCUUCUGCUACAUCUGAUACUGGAAGCUCAAAAAGGAAAAGUAAAAAGAAUAUACGAAAACAACGAAUGAAGAUCUUAUACAAUGCAGUUCUGGAAGCUCGAGAACCGGGCACAGGCAGACGGCUCUGUGAUCUGUUUAUGGUUAAGCCAUCCAAAAAGGACUAUCCAGACUAUUACAAAAUUAUCUUGGAGCCAAUGGACUUGAAAAUGAUAGAACACAACAUCCGCAAUGAUAAGUAUGCAGGGGAAGAAGCCAUGAUUGAAGACAUGAAGCUCAUGUUCCGAAAUGCAAGGCAUUAUAAUGAGGAAGGCUCCCAGGUAUACAAUGAUGCUCAUAUGCUGGAAAAGAUCCUUAAAGAAAAAAGGAAAGAACUGGGACCCCUAGCUGAAGAUGAUGAUGUUGCAUCCCCUAAACUAAAGCUAAGUAGAAAAAGUGGCAUUUCUCCUAAAAAAUCAAAAUACAUGACUCCAAUGCAACAGAAAUUGAAUGAGGUGUAUGAAGCAGUUAAGAAUUACACGGAUAAACGAGGCAGGCGACUGAGCGCCAUCUUCUUGCGGCUGCCAUCUCGGUCUGAGCUUCCUGACUAUUAUGUAACCAUUAAAAAGCCCGUUGACAUGGAAAAGAUCAGAAGUCAUAUGAUGGCAAAUAAAUACCAGGAUAUUGAUUCCAUGGUAGAGGACUUUGUAAUGAUGUUCAAUAACGCUUGCACAUAUAACGAGCCAGAAUCUUUGAUUUAUAAAGAUGCUCUGGUCCUGCAUAAAGUUUUGCUUGAAACUCGGAGAGAAAUAGAAGGAGAUGAGGAUUCUCAUGUGCCCAAUGUCACUUUGCUAAUUCAGGAACUUAUCCAUAACCUUUUUGUAUCUGUUAUGAGCCACCAGGACGAUGAGGGCAGAUGCAAACCUCCUCUGACUUUUGAUAUUAUCCGAAAAAAUGUUGAAAAUAAUCGCUAUAGAAGACUGGACUUGUUCCAGGAGAAUAUGUUUGAGGUACUGGAGAGGGCAAGGAGAAUGAACAGGACUGAUUCGGAGAUUUACGAGGAUGCGGUCGAACUUCAGCAGUUCUUUAUUAAAAUUCGAGAUGAACUUUGUAAGAACGGAGAGAUUCUUCUGUCACCCGCUCUCAGCUAUACCACCAAGCAUCUUCACAACGAUGUAGAAAAGGAAAAGAAGGAAAAGCUGCCCAAAGAAAUAGAGGAGGAUAAGCUCAAAAGAGAGGAGGAGAAGAGAGAAGCUGAAAAGAGUGAAGAUUCUUCUGGAUCAGCAGGGCUGUCAAGCUUGCAUCGGACCUACAGCCAGGAUUGCAGCUUCAAGAACAGCAUGUACCAUGUAGGAGAUUAUGUGUAUGUGGAACCUGCUGAAGCCAACUUGCAGCCUCACAUUGUCUGUAUUGAGAGGCUGUGGGAAGAUUCAGCUGGUAAGGAUUGGCUCUAUGGCUGUUGGUUUUAUCGACCAAAUGAAACGUUUCAUCUUGCAACACGAAAAUUCUUGGAGAAGGAAGUUUUUAAAAGUGACUAUUACAAUAAAGUUCCUGUUAGCAAAAUUUUAGGCAAAUGCGUGGUCAUGUUUGUUAAGGAAUAUUUUAAAUUGUGUCCUGAAAACUUCAGAGAUGAGGAUGUCUAUGUCUGUGAGUCACGUUAUUCUGCGAAGACAAAAUCUUUUAAAAAGAUUAAACUGUGGACUAUGCCUGUAAGCUCUGUAAGAUUUGUCCCACGAGAUGUACCCCUGCCUGUGGUCCGUGUUGCUUCUGUAUUUGCUAAUACAGACAAAGUAGAUGAGGAGAAACACGCUGAAACAUUGGAGGACAGUAAGGUGGGAGAAAGUAUGCUUCAUCUUGAAAAGGACAAAGAAGAUGUUCCGGUAGAAAUGUCCAAUGGAGAACCUGGUUGCCAUUACUUUGAACAGCUCUGCUACAAUGAUAUGUGGCUUAAGGUUGGGGACUGUGUCUUCAUAAAAUCACAUGGGUUAGUGCGACCUCGGGUAGGAAGAAUUGAAAAGAUGUGGGUGCGAGAUGGAGCUGCAUAUUUCUUUGGUCCAAUCUUUAUACAUCCUGAAGAAACUGAACAUGAACCAACUAAAAUGUUCUACAAGAAGGAAGUGUUUUUGAGUAACUUGGAGGAGACCUGUCCGAUGACUUGCAUUUUGGGAAAGUGUGCAGUUCUGUCGUUCAAAGACUUCCUCUCCUGCAGACCAACAGAAAUCUCUGAAAACGAUGUUUUUCUUUGUGAGAGCCGCUACAAUGAAAGUGACAAACAAAUGAAGAAAUUUAAAGGGCUGAAGAGGUUUUCACUCUCUGCAAAAGUUGUAGAUGACGAAAUAUACUAUUUUAGAAAACCCAUAGUUCCUCAGAAGGAACCAUCUCCGCUACUGGAAAAGAAGAUUCAGCAGCUAGAAGCAAAAUUUGCUGAGUUGGAAGGAGGCGACGAGGACAUGGAAGAGAUGGGAGAAGAGGAAGGUGAUAUGACUGAAACACCUUCUAUGCCUCAGCUUCAGACCCCACUCGCUAGUGAAUUGGAUAUAAUGCCUUAUACUCCACCACAGUCCACUCCCAAGUCUGUUAAGGGCAGCACCAAGAAGGAGGGAUCAAAGAGGAAGAUCAACAUGAGCGGGUACAUCUUAUUUAGCAGCGAGAUGAGGGCUGUGAUUAAAGCUCAGCACCCAGACUACUCCUUUGGAGAGCUCAGCAGGCUUGUAGGAACUGAAUGGAGAAACUUGGAAGCAACAAAGAAAGCAGAAUAUGAAGGCAUGAUAAGUGGCUAUCCACCGGUGCUGCCACCUUUGCAGGGCCCAGUUGAUGGCAUUGUUAGCAUGGGCAGCAUGCAGCCACUUCACCCAGGGGUGCCCCCACCCCACCAACUUCCGCCAGGUAUGCCAGGCAUCCCAGGCAUCCCACCACCCGGUGUUAUAGGCCAAAAUGUGUCCCCCAUGGUAGGCACUCCAGCACCCGGAGCAAGUCCUUUUGGACAGCAGAUAGGAAUCCUUGGCCCGCCGGGACAGCAGGCACCCCCUCCGUAUCCCGGCCAGAGCCCAGCAAGUCAGCCGGUUAUGCAGCAGCCCACAACUCCCAUGUUCGUCUCCCCUCCACCAAAGACACAGAGGCUUCUUCAUUCUGAAGCCUAUCUGAAAUAUAUUGAGGGGCUUAGUGCUGAAUCAAAUAGUAUUAGCAAGUGGGAUCAGACCCUCGCAGCACGAAGACGAGAUGUCCACUUAUCAAAAGAACAAGAGAGCCGACUCCCUUCACACUGGUUGAAAAGUAAAGGGGCUCAUACCACAAUGGCCGAUGCAUUAUGGCGUCUGCGAGACUUGAUGCUACGAGACACCCUUAAUAUCCGUCAGGCAUACAACAUAGAAAAUGUUUAGUCGCAUAAUUGCUUCUUUCUUUGAUGCCGGCAUAUAAGGAGUUUUGUGGAACAAUAGCUGUUUUAGUUACUGGGUGGGGAGAGAUAACCAACAAUAAUUUGUAUUGCAUUUUACUGUACAUUGCAAGACCAUUUUUAUAUAAGGACACUUUUAAUAAGCAUAUUUCACUUUUUGUUAUAUUAAGUUGACUUUAUCAAAUACACGGAUUUUUUGCAUAUGUUUCCUUUGUUUGAAAGGCGAUUUCAUAAUUGGUUAAGUGUAGUCAAGGAUUCAUCUUUCUUAUACUUUACUGCUGAGAAUAUGAUGCCAUUGUUUUUAUAUAAAAGAAGAAAAAAGAAAACAAAGUAUUUACAGAUCGAUACAGUGGAAUGUGAAAUUAGUCAUAGUUUACAUCUUAGAAGGAUGUGUGUACAUGUGCUUGUGUGUGCUAGCCACUUCCAGCAGAAAUCUCACUUGGAUGUGAACAGGGAGGAUCUCUUAAAAGAAGCUAAAGGUAAGAUGUGCAUUGACACUAGGGAAAAAAGACAUUUCAAGUCCAUACCGAGGCAGCUGAGUGGGCGACAGCAAUCAUGGAAGUGCUGGUGUGGACGGGACAAGGGUGUCUUGACCGCUAAUGUUGUCCAAUCCUGUCCAGUUACUUAGUUGUGUAGCCAAGGCCAUUGUGAUCCUAAAUCGGUAACAAAAUACAUGUGCUGGCAUGCCCUUAGAAGGUGAGAUGUUCCAUCUCCCAUGACCUGCUUUGGGGGUUCUGUGAUGUCCCUAACACCGAGCAGUGGGAAGGGGAAGCUUCCUCCCUAAGCAAUUCUGUCUGCACGUGGGAGAGGCAUGCAGAACUUCGAACCAGUUCAGGUCUUGGAAGGUAAGUUAGAGGAGAAGAGAAGUUGAGUUGUUUUGUUAGUGAAGUAACGUGAUGUUUUUAAAUUCACACAUAUUCUGUUAAUGAUUGGGCAUUGUAAGACAUUUUUGUAUGCUUUCUUUAAGUGUAUUCAUUCAGCUUAAUGAAAGUUUUGCAAUGCAAAAUUUGAGAGAAAUUUGACACUUAACUUUAAAGUACAAUACUACUGUAUGGUAUGUGUAAGUUCAGCAUACUGACUAUGUUGGAGAAAUAGACUAUGUGCAUUGCAGCCUUCAGAGGGUUUGGGGUUUG